UUGACAAAGCACAACAUUUUUCUAGUUUUAGGAACCUCCCUUCCGCCCUUCAUAUAAACUAUUCCCUAGUCACACCCUCACCUAAUCAAAUUCUCAUUAACAAUCAUUUUUCUUUUUUCUAAUUUUCACGUUUCGCCUCUCGCUCUCCGAACAAACAAACGAACGAACAGAGCGUAGAGACACAUCGAGACAUGGUGUUCAGGCUUAGCCCCGGCGACGUCGCCGGUUUCAAGUUCCUAUUUUCUCUUGCGAUUAUGUAUGCUAUCAUGUCGGCGCUUGUUUACUCUAUAGUUCACAUGAAGUUCAUUAAGCCGUUAGCGAUCGAUGCGCCUCUUGAUCGCUUCUCCGAGGCCAGAGCUGUCGAACAUGUUCGAGUUUUGGUUCAAGACGGUCGCCAAGAAGGACGUCCUGGCUUAAGAGAAGCUGCUAAGUAUAUUAAAGCGCAAUUGGAAUUGAUAGAGGACAGAGCUGGAUCAAACAUCAGAAUUGAGAUCGAAGAGAGUGUUGUUAAUGGUUCCUUCAAUAUGGUAUUUUUAGGACACAGCAUAUCUUUGGGGUACAGAAACCAUACAAAUAUUAUCAUGAGGAUGUCAUCUAAAGAUUCAAAAGACGCUGACUCAUCCGUUUUAAUUAAUGGCCAUUUUGAUAGUCCACUUGGUUCCCCUGGAGCUGGUGAUUGUGGAACAUGUGUUGCAUCAAUGCUGGAACUAGCAAGACUUAUAGUAGACUCUGGUUGGAUACCGCCCCGGCCCAUUAUUUUUCUUUUUAAUGGUGCAGAGGAACUAUUCAUGUUGGGUGCACAUGGCUUCAUGAAGACAUAUAAAUGGCGUGAUUCAAUUGGAGCUUCUAUUAAUGUGGAGGCAUCUGGGACAGGGGGUCUUGAUUUAGUAUGCCAAUCUGGACCUGGUGCUUGGCCUUCCCUAAUCUAUGCUCAGGCUGCAAUAUACCCCAUGGCACAUAGUGCUGCCCAGGAUGUUUUUCCUGUUAUUCCUGGAGACACAGAUUACAGAAUGUUUUCCCAAGAUUAUGGAAGCAUUCCCAGCCUGGAUAUUAUCUUUCUUCUUGGUGGUUACUACUACCAUACCUCCUAUGAUACGUUGGACAAACUACUACCUGGUAGCAUGCAAGCACGGGGAGACAAUCUGCUAAGUAUACUUAAAGCCUUUACAAAUUCUUCUAAGCUGCGAACUGCCCAAGAAAGAGAAGCUCUCAGAGCUUCUUCAGAUGAUUACAGGGAUGAACAGGCUGUUUUCUUUGAUUACUUGUCAUGGUUCAUGAUAUUCUAUUCAAGAAGAGUAGCUGUGGUACUUCAUAGCAUUCCCAUUGCCAUCUUUCUUCUUAUGCCAUUUCUUUUGCAUUUUCUGGAAUUAGGGUUACGUUCUUGGUUUGCAAUGUUCUGUGAUUUUGUCAAAGGAUUGCUGUUACAUGCUGCUGGGAUUAUACUGGCAAUUGUUUUCCCUGUUAUCUUCUCCAUUAUGAGGUUAUUUUUCUCCAGUUGUGCAAUGAACUGGUUUGCUCAUCCAUACUUGGCUUUCAUGAUGUUCAUUCCCUGCUCACUUGUUGGUUUGUUGAUUCCAAGAACUGUUUGGAGUUGUUUUCCCCUCUCUCAAGAUGUUUCAGUUCUCAAGAAAUCGAAGGAGAUCUCACAGGUACUGUCAGAUGAAGCUUGGUUUUGGGGAGCAUUUGGAUUUUAUGCUUGCUUAACUUUGGCUUAUCUUGUAGCUGGGCUCGGUGGAGGGUUCUUAACUUUUUCUGUGUCAGCCUUUAUGCUUCUCGCGUGGAUCUCCUUUAACGCAUAUAUCAAAUCUUAUCAUCAUCAAUCACUCUGGUCAACUGUCAUCUAUGUAGUACCUUUAAUUCCGUGCAUUCUGUAUUCAGUAUAUUUCGGUGGAUUUCUUGUCCAAUUCUUGAUUGAGAAGAUGGGUAUGAUGGGUGCUGCUCCUCCACCAUAUGGAUUUUAUAUUGCUGAUGGUGUAGUGGCAGCAAUAAUUGGAGUUGUAACUGGUUGGUGUGUGGGUCCUCUGAUACCUAUUUGUGGCCGUUGGUUGGCCAGGUCCUCCAUCAUUCAGUUCUUAUUGCAUAUUAGUGUGCUUGCAUUGGCUCUCUCCUCACAGUUCUUUCCCUACAGCAACACUGCCCCUAAGAGGGUUGUUUUUCAGCAUACAGUUGUGACCACAGAUGCAAAUAGGAUUCUGGACUCCAGUUAUGAUUUUUCUAUAGUGGAUUCCAAUUCUUUACUUUUUGUUUUUAAAUAUGCACCUGAAGUUGCAAAGGAUUUGCAUGUUGGUACGGAUUUUUCUUUCAAAACUGCAAAUAUGUCUCACAGAGAGACUUGGAUGGCACUCUUUCCAGUAUCCCAUCUGUUCUCAAGAAGUUUGAAGUUCCCUGCAAGUAGUGAUGACAUUAUCAAGGAAUACAGAUAUUUCCCUCACUUGUCUAAUUACAAACCUCAUACUAUUUCUAGCAAGGGAUCUCGGAAAGUUUACUUGGAACUUUCCUUAGGUGACUUGAAGGAGGUCUGGGUUGCUGUUCUUAACAUUACUGGUCCCUUAUCGAGUUGGUCGCUUGCAGACAAUGUACUUCCAGCACCUGAAGCAAUUGAUGGUGGUCCCCCGUCAUAUAUAUGUAGACUUAGUGGAGCUAGUGAUGAUAAAUGGACCUUCUGGUUAGAGGCUAGCAAUUCUAGUGAUGUGAGGGUGGAGCUUGCUGUGAUAGACCAAUUCUUGAUUGAUGGAGCUAAAAAUUUGAGGGGCCUUUUCCCUGACUGGGUGGAUGUCACUGCUUAUGCUAGCUUUAUGUCGAGCUAUGUCUUUUAGUUCUUCCAUUCCUACUCCAACUUAUUUUAGUCUAUUUGUUUGAUGAGCUAAAUUUUGUUCAAGACAAAUUUAACAUUCAUUUGCAGCA